UUUCUCCUUUUCCUUUGGCUGUUUGUUGGUUUUUGUACGGACACCUAACUUCUAAGAUGGCUGUGCCCACUGUGUCGUUUCCCAAUCUUCGUGCAAAGUGGGUUACUUUUCCCCCCAGCCCGCUGAGGCGGACGUAUCCUACCCCGUUUCCCUUGUGUGGGCUCGAGUUUCUGAAAAUACGUGCAGUUUGCGGCGCAGGGUUUAAGUGGGGGUACUUUGGAUGGCUUUUAUCCGUUCCGUGCCUUCCAUGGCUACUUGGACCAAAACUGCCACUUCGCUUUCUGUACGGAGAGUCCUGAAAGGUGGCGGCCCCGGGAUCCGUGGCGAGAUGGGCGCAGACAUUAUCUCCGUGCCUGCUCCGUACAAACGCUGCGUGGUCCUCGUCGGCCGCCGUAGUCCGGCGCGGAGGCUGGGCGAAGGCGCAACAGUACAGGAAUUCACGGAAGUGCGGAUUCUAGGAGUUCCUCAAGUCCAAGGCCUCGUUUGCCAAUCACCUUUGGCUUUCCACAUCUUCUCUCGACCCCGUAGAAAUGAAAGCGUUGUUGGAGAUCGAGGAUUAAGCACACGUAAAGUGCUCACAGGUCGUGGUUCCUGGAGCAAGAUACAUCAUGUGAUGUGAGAAGGUUUCACGACCUAGAUAUCAUCAUUUGUGGGGACAUCACUGCCUGGAGACUAAGAUUUCUAACCAGAAAUUUAGGGCAGUUCAAGAAGAGGCUCAGGAGACAUCCUAGCUUUGGCUGUUUCCCAAUAACAGAUGAAAAUGAUCAAGGACCAGGGAUUGCUGACACUGGAGGAUGUGGCCGUGGACUUCACGUGGGAGGAGUGGCAGCUCCUGGCCCCUGCUCAGAAGGACCUGUACCGGGACGUGAUGCUGGAGAACUAUAGCAACCUGCUGUCCGUUGGGUAUCAAGCCAGCAAGCCGGAUGCUCUCUCCAGAUUGGAACGAGGAGAAUCGUGGCCAGUAGAAGAUGAAAUCCACAGUCGAAUCUGUCCAGAAAUGAGGAAAGAUGACUGUCUUCUGCAGGAGGACUUGCAAAAUCAAAGAUGUCCAAAAAGAAUGGAACAAUGUCACGAACAUAAUGCACUUGGAAACAUUGUUCAUCAGAGCAAAAGUAACUUUCCUUUAAGGCAAAAUCAUGAUAUGUUGGACUUUCAUGGGAAAACACUGAAAUCAAAUUUAAGUUUAGUCAACCAGAACAGAAGCUAUGGAGUAAAGAACCCUCUUGGAGAUGGGGAAUCCUUCCUCCAUGCAAAGCAUGAGCAAUUUCAUAGUGAAAUGAAAUUUACUGAAUGUGGAAGUUCUAUGAACACAAAUUCACAGUUCAUUAAGCAUCUAGGAACUCAGAAGAUAAAUAAACCCCACUUAUGCACUGAAUGUGGGAAAGCUUUCAUCAAGAAGUCCCGCCUCAUCGAUCAUCAGAGAGUGCACACAGGAGAAAAACCUCAUGGAUGCAGUAUAUGUGGGAAAGCCUUCUCCAGAAAGUCCAGGCUCACUGAACACCAAAAAACCCAUAUAGGAGAGAAACGGUAUACAUGCACUGAAUGUGACAAAGCCUUCCCCAAGAAAUCACGGCUGCUUAUUCAUCAGAAAACUCAUACAGGAGAAAAACCCUACGUAUGUGAGGAAUGUGGAAAAGGCUUCAUCAAGAAGUCUCGGCUCAUUAAUCAUCAGAGAGUUCAUACAGGAGAGAAACCUCAUGGGUGCAGUCUAUGUGACAAAGCAUUCUCCAGGAAGUCCCGGCUCAUUGAACAUCAGAGAACUCAUACAGGAGAAAAACCAUAUGAAUGCACUGAAUGUGACAAAGCCUUCCGCUGGAAAUCACAGCUUAAUGCACACCAGAAAACUCAUACAGGAGAGAAAUCAUAUAUAUGCAGUGAUUGUGGAAAAGGCUUCAUUCAGAAGGGCAAUCUCAUUGUACAUCAGCGAACUCACACUGGAGAGAAACCCUAUAUGUGCAAUGAAUGUGGAAAAGGCUUCAUCCAGAAGGGCAAUCUCCUCAUACAUCAACGAACUCACACUGGAGAGAAACCCUAUGUAUGCACUGAAUGUGGAAAAGGCUUCAGCCAGAAAACAUGCCUCAUCUCACAUCAGAGAUUUCACACUGGAAAGACUCCCUUUGUAUGUACCGAAUGUGGAAAAUCGUGUUCACACAAGUCUGGCCUCAUUAACCAUCAGAGAAUUCACACAGGAGAGAAACCCUACGCAUGCAGUGACUGUGGGAAAGCCUUCAGGGAUAAGUCGUGCCUCAAUAGACAUCGGAGAACUCAUACAGGAGAGAGACCCUAUGGAUGCACUGACUGUGGGAAAACCUUCUCCCACUUGUCAUGCCUCGUGUACCACAAAGGGAUGCUGCAUGCAAGAGAGAAACGUGGAGAUUCAGUCAAGUUGGAAAAUUCUUUCUCAGAGAGUCCCAGCUCCUCACGUUCGAGUGAUAUUGUACAGGGGAAAAACCCUGUUAAUGUGGUGAGCGUGCACACACCUUCUGUGGCAGCUGAGACUCCAUUCCACAGUGAUGGGUUCCUAGCAGAUAGGAAUGUAGUAGCCCUUGUGGGACAGCCAGGUGCCACAGGUGCAGUGUCAGCAGAUAAUAGCAUUUGCACAGAAGAAAAACCUAAUGAAUGCAGUGAGUGUGGUAGCACCUUCAGUGAUCAAUUAUGUCAUAUUUUACAUCACAGAAAACACACAGAAAUAAACUGUGAUACAGUGAAGGUGGAAAACCCUUGAAUAAAACCUUCUAGAUCAUCCUGUGGCUGGCGAGUGUAUACUGAGACAAACAGUAUAAACACAGAGACUGGGAAAGCCUUUUGUGGAAAGAUAGACCCUAUCAGGGCUUCAUAAGUCACAUACUGUCAGUGAGGACAUAGUUGGUAGAAAUGUAAUGACCAUGGAAAAAUCCUUCCCCAGAAAUAAGACUUCAAUUGGUAUCAGAGAGUUUACACAGGAGAGAAAUUGUUGGACCUCUGAAGGCAGUAACUGUGGCAGAGUUGUCAGUGGUACAUUCUGCCUCAUUGGUUGGCAGGGGAAAUCAUAUAGAAAUAAAAUUCUGAGCACACCAACUAUGAAAUGUCUUUGGCAAAAUAUCAGAAAAUUCAUGAAGCAAAUAAGCCCUGUGAAAGUGAAUCUUUUAGAGAUUUCUCUCACAAUCCUAACAUAAUCAUAUAUAAGAUUAUAUACAUAGUGUACAUUUUAGGACAGUAUACCUUGAAUCAAAUGCCUAAUUGAUACAUCAGUAACGCUUUAAAUCAAAGGAGGGUGACUGUGUUGCACAUAAUUGAUUAAAGUUAUAAUGCAGUUCACCCCCCUCAUUUGGGGGACAUGGGUCUUCUUUUCCCACCCAGGAUCAUUAUAUGGUUAACUCUUGGAUUUUUUCAGUUCUAAAUUUAUUCAGUUUGUUAUUUCAGUCUACCAAAAGUCCUUCAGAAGGAAACUGAAUACAUUUAAUCUGAUAAUGUAAUAUAACAUGUUUGGAUAUGCUUAACUUUAUAAAUCUCACCUGGAGGAACAAAGCUCAAAAUUCAUGAAUAACCUAUUAGCCAAGCUCUUGCCCUAGAAGAUAGUUCCCAUCCUGUACACACACCACUCAGAAAAACUUUAACAACUGUUUCCUUGACCUGGUCCUGUCCUAGGACCUAUAGAUGAUGUCAGUGAUGAACUUAACAGAAAGUCCUUGCCGCCUUUGAGCUGGAAAUUUUUUUAAAGCUAGGUUUCAUGUCUAUAGCAAUUUUACCCUCUGGCAAAGAUAAUCAAAGGAUGUGUAUACCUACAUUUGUUGAAAAGGACAUAUAGUAUAAGGAAAAAAGUAUCCUGAUAAUUUCCUGUUUAAGGGACAUAUCAGAGGGGGAAAGGGAAAGGAUUUACUUAAUUUUACAUAGAAAAAGGUAUGGAUACUUUUUAAAAAUUUUCACAUCCACCUAGAUUAUAAAUUCCUUGACAGUAUAUAGAUAAUUGUAUAUUCCCCAGCACAUAGCAAAAUAGGAAAUGAAUUAUACGUAGAUUUGAAAAAUGAAGGCAAAUGAAUGACCUCAUGGACUAACUAAUCAAAUUUAUUUUUGUCACUGAAGGAAAGGAGCUACUGGCAAGCAAUUCUCAGGCUCAGUAUUAUUCCAAGAAACAUUUGUUUCUUGAAUAGAGGCUCCUGUCAGACUAUAAAAAGGGCAGAUCAAAGAAGGACUAGGAUCCACGGAAUAAGCCCAAUUAAUGGAAGAAAAUAACAUCACUAAAAAUGGAGGACUGGAGAGUUCCCUGGUGGUCCCAGUGUUUAGGAAUUGGCAGUUUCAACUGUGGUGGCCCAGGUUUGACCCCUGGUCGGGGAACUAAGUCCCACAAGCCAUGCAGCAUGGCCAAAAAAUAAAAUUAAUUAAAAUGGAGGUUGGUACAUGAGACAGGUGAUGGUGAGAUCCCUUUGACUGUUUUGGAGAACAAACCUUACAUUUGUCCACAGGCUUAUCACCUUUUAGAGUUGCCGCCAUUUCAAAGAUCUAAGCUCCUCUGUAGCUCAACGAAUUGAGACGUGAUUUAGCCUCAUCAUUCAUUCUCUCCUGGGACUGGGGCCCUUGUCCUCUAUUUCUAUUCCUAGGGUUCUUUCCCUUGAUCCAAUAAUGAUGUAUACAGCUUAAAAACAGUUCUGCUUACAAGGAAGAAAAAAAAAAAGUGGAAAUUUGCCAUGGAGUGGCUGUCCCAUAAUUGAAUUUCCAAACUCUGGGUGUGUGAGUAACUCACUACAACAAAUAUAUUUCUGAGCAUUGGCACUGUUGUAGACACAGGGUAUGCUGGUGAACAAAACAUGCAAAGUAGUGGCCUUUUCACAGGAUGGAUUCAGGACAGAUGCUCCUCAGUAAAGCAUCAGAAAUGGAUUCUUCCUCAACUCGGAGUGCAGCUCCCUUCCACUUCUUGUGAAUUGCACGUCCUAUCAUGGCAGUCACGGCGUCUUUCCCAGUGAAAUCGUCCGUCUGGUUUCCCGAAUGGGCUGCCCAAGCCUGCCCUGAGGACCAGGUGCUGAACUCACCUUUCAGAGGUUGGCAUUCCAGUUUUUUGAGAAAUCUCCAUACUGUUUUCCACAGUGGAUGAACCAAUUUGUUUGUGUUUCUAUCUUUGUGGAAGAAAGUGGUUUCAUGUACCACAGUGUUUUAAGGGAUGAUUUCAGAAGUUCAGGUUUUGUGUCUGUGACUACGUGGCCAUCCUCCAAGGGAGCUCUGGGUAGUAAACUCCUUUAAGGAAGUAACAAGGAGAGGAAUCCCCGACAUAUGACGACAUGGCUAUGAAGUUCACGUGGGAGGAGUGGCAGCUCCUGGACCCCAAUCAGAAGGACCCGUACCCAGAUGUGAUGCUGGAGAACCAUAGCAACCUGGUGUCUUGUGGGGUGUCAAGCCUGCAGACCAGAUGCAUCCUCCAAGUUGGAACGAGGGAAAGAACCGUGGCCAAUAGAAGAUGAAAACCGCAGUUGAACCUGUUCAGCAUCUCUGCCUAUUUCUUCCACCUGCCUUGCUACAAGAUUCUACCUUCCUGCUCUUACUCCAGAGAUCUUUGAAGGGACCUCCCUGGUGGCGCAGUGGUUAAGAAUUCUCCUGCCAGUGCAGGGGACACGGGUUCGAGCCCUGGUCCAGGAAGAUCCCACAUGCCACAAAGCAACUAAGCCCAUGUGCCACAACUGCUGAGCCCACGGCCACAACUACUGAAGCCCGUGCACCGAGAGCCCGUGCUCAACAACAAGAGAAAGCACCAAAAUGAAAGGCCUGUGCACCGCAAUGAAGAGUAGCCCCUGCUCGCCGCAACUAGAGAAAGCCUGCACACAGCAAUGAAGACCCACUGCAGCCAAAAAUAAAUAAAUUUAUUUUUUUAAAAAAA